AUGGAUUUGGUUAAUGGAGUCUUGAAUCUAGUAGCACCUCCUUUCACCUUCUUCACCAUGUUACUCUUCCUCCCUCCAUGGAUCUUCUUCAAAUUCUGCCUCGGCAUCCUUCAUUCCGUCAUCUCUGAGAAUAUCUCCGGCAAAGUCGUCCUUAUCACCGGCGCCUCCUCCGGUAUCGGCGAGCAUCUCGCAUACGAAUAUGCUAGAAGAGGAGCCUGCUUGGCUCUGUGUGCUCGGAGAGAGAGUCGUCUCCGAGAAGUAGCUGACCGGUGCCGGCGUAUAGGAUCGCCUGAUGUUAUAGUCAUCCGCGCUGAUGUCUCCCACGCUCAUGACUGCAAACGGAUUGUUGAUGAAACUGUUAAUCACUUCAAUCGAUUGGACCAUUUGGUGAAUAACGCUGGAAUCUCUCAAGUCUGCAUGUUGGAAGAAGCAGAUGAUAUCACGACUUUACGCCCUGUUAUGGAUAUAAACUUCUGGGGUUCGGUUUACACCACAAAGUUUGCAGUUCCUCACCUGAGAAACAGUUGUGGAAGAAUCGUCGUGCUUUCUUCUUCCGCUUCCUGGAUUCCUCUUCCAAGGAUGAGCAUUUACAAUGCAAGCAAAGCAGCACUAGCACAGUUUUAUGAUACGUUGAGGGUUGAAUUCGGAUCGGAUAUCAAAAUCACUGUUGUGACUCCUGGAUUCAUAGAGUCUGAACUUACUCAAGGCAAAUUCCUUUCCCACGAAGGCAAAUUAGUAGUUGACUAUGAUGCUCGAGAUAUGCAAGUGAACUUGUCGCCGGUUAUGAAAGUUGAAAGAUGUGCAAGGUCGAUAGUGAAAGGAGCUCUUAGAGGAGAACGCUAUGUGACUGAACCUGGGUGGAUGAAAAUGAGUUACGUGUGGAAGGUAUUGUGGCCGGAGGCUAUGGAGUGGAUUAAUCAGUUGAUGUGUAUGACGACAGUUGGUGGGGAUUCUCGCGAUGACACUUUUGGGAAGAAGGUUCUGGACAUCUCCGGAGCUCAGAACAUUCUGUAUCCGCAGAGCAUUCAGUCGUCGGAGAUGAAGGUGGACUAA